ACUGGACCAAAAAAUUAAUUAAAAAAAAACAAAUCAGUUUAGUAGGCCCAUUUAUUCAAACAAAUUUUCUAUCUACAAAAAGAAAACAAAUCAGAUCUCGAAAUUGCUCAUCUCUCAUUUUUUUUCUUUUUCUGCGCUGUUGCUCUCUCUUCUUCUUCUUCUCUGUUUUCAUCUCAAAUCAUGAAUGAAAAACAUAUUUUUCUCAUUUUUUUCUGCACCGCUACUCUCUUCUUCUUCUUCUUCUUCUUCUUCUUCUUCUUCUCUGUUUUCAUCUCAAAUCACGAAUGAAAAACAGAUCUUUUUGAGUAUUUUUUUCUGCGCCGCUGCUCUCUCUUCUUCUUCUCUGUUUUCAUCUCAGAUCUGGUUUCAAAUCACGAACGAAAAACACAUCUCAUGGGUUCGGAGACAAAAUGUCAAGCUGCAGUUCAUCCUUUGCACACUUGAGUGGUAGAUCCGGUCGACUCUUAUGGCGAAAGCUGUUUGUGACUACGGGGUUUGGGUUCCGAUUAAGGUGUCUUCAAGCUCUAAUAAUCCUUGGAGAAGCUACAUGACCUGCCCUCUUUUUGAUAAAUGGUUGAAUGAGCAGUUGAUUAGUGAAUUGAGGGCUAAGUUGGAUAUUGAGAAAAUGAAAUUAAAAGAGCUUAAUGAUCGUAUUGUUGAAAGUGCCAGUGAAGUGUGAGGUACAGCUAAGUGAACAAAAGUUGAAAAGUGCAGGGGAAAAGUUCGGCAGUGUUGUGGACAAAUUAUACAUUGCUGGGGAAACAUUGAGCAAUAUAUAGCACAAAAAGAGCUUUGCAGAGAAACUGGCAAAGUGAAUCACCAAAUACUGAGUGCUGAAGGAAGGCUUUUGUUAUGGCCAUGCCAUAAUCUAUUUUCUUCUAAUGUUCUUGUAUGUACUAGUUUAGAUUGUAGAAAUGGUCUUGGAUGCAAAAAUUGUAAGCAUGGAAUGUAUAUUGAUGUUAAAGCCAAAUUGCCUUGGAAACAACAUUGUACAAUGUUUUCUUUUUGAAUAAAACUUGUCAUCUUCC